CAGGAACACGAUGCCUUAGACUUUGAUGAGAAUUGCCGUGAAGAAUUAGCUGCUGCUGACAGAAUUUGUUUCAAUGUUGGGCGGGAGCUUUACGUUUAUUUGUAUAAGGGUAUUCACACGGCUGCUGAUCUAAGUAAGCCAAUUGAUAAACGUGUUUACAAAGGUACUUAUCCUACUUGUCAUCAUUUCAAUCAAGAGACUGCUACAAAAUAUCAAGCGAGUCGUCUCUAUAACGAAGAGAGAUUUAUUGACAAGACUGGCGUAACUUGUCUGCGAUGGGUACCCGGUCAACGGCACCACUUUCUAGUUUCAUACACUAGUGGAUAUAUGUACCUUUAUAAUGAAGAGUUGCAAUGUCCUUUAGCUCCACCGGGUGAAAAAUACACUGUGUUCAUGUGCAAGGCAAAAACCACAAGAAAUCCUGUAUAUCGCUGGCAAAUCGGCGAGGGCAGUAUCAACCAGUUUGCCUUUUCUGGACCAGAUGCGAAAAUGCUGGCUACAGUGGGACAUGAUGGUUACCUACGGAUAUUCAACUAUCAUCAGAUGGAGUUGCUUUCUUAUAUGAAAUCGUAUUUUGGUGGUCUUCUCACACUUGCAUGGAGUCCUGAUUCGAAAUUAAUCGUGACUGGUGGCGAAGAUGACUUACUCACAAUUUAUAACGUUAACGAGAAGCGCGUAGUUUGUCGUGGUCAAGGACACAAGAGUUGGAUUUCUCAGGUGCAGUUUGAUCCCUAUAUGUGUUCCCUUGAUAACGAUAACGAGAUAAAUGGAUUCGGAGCAUUAGAUGUUGGUUCCGACGACGAGAAGUCUUUCCAUGCUCAUGGAGGUGUGCAAAAUGGACAGAAUAGCAGUGCUAACACCACAGUCGGCAGCGGUGGUCUUUGUUACCGUAUUGGCAGUGUUGGUCACGAUACACAGCUGUGUCUUUGGGACAUAACCGAGGACAUGCUUAAGCCUGCUAAUGUGCAACGUCAUCGUAAUUCAACCAUUAUAGCGCCGGUGUUAGGAUUGGAAGUUCAGACUUCUUCAAGUCGACUUGACCCACUUUGUGAAGCUUCACCUGUGCAGUCAGCAGAGACCACGAAACCGAAAAAGAAGAAAGGUUUUCAUAGACGAGGAUUCAAUUUAGGUCGACUGAGUGGAUCAGGCAGUGAUCGACGUCGAUUGGAGUCUCCUGGUUCUAUGGCAUCUGCUGCACUUGAUGAGGCAAGGCUUCUUGGUACACGUGUAUGUCCACGAAUGGAAGAUAUCCCGGUUAUUGAGCCUUUGAUCUGUAAGAAAAUAGCUCACGAGCGUUUAACCGUACUUGAAUUUCGAAGGGACUGCUUGGUUACGGCUUGUCAAGAAGGAUUCAUUUGUACAUGGGCAAGACCGGGAAUGGCUCCUACAAAUCUUGUGAAGCGAGACGUGAAUUCGCCCAGUGCACUAAGUUCUCCUUCAGGAUUCCAUGAUGGAAUAACAGUGGGAACAUGGGGUAAUAUCGCCAAUGCACAGGCGCUUGGUUGA